CUUCGAAAACAGAGAGAGAGAGAGAGAGAGAGAGAGAGAGAGAGAGAGGAGAAUGGCGACAGAACAAGAGAUAUCGGAAGCUUUAGAAGCCCUGAUCCACGCCUCAACACCCAACGCGCCGACCUUCGCGACCCUAAACGACGUCGUGCAACAGCUCCAAUCCAAGCUCGGCGGCCACGACCUCUCCCACAAGGCCGACUUCAUCCGCUCCCAGAUCCACUACCUCCUCCGCUCCCAACCGCCGCCUCACCACUCUCCCAAAGACCAUUUUUCCCUCCAACAAAACCCCAAUUACCACCCGGCUCCCUCCUCCGCCUUCCAGACCUUCCCUGCUAAUUCCCAGCCUCAGCUUUCUUCUCCCGAGCCCGAGCCCGAGCCCAGCUCCACUCCUGUACCCGCAUCCGACCCCCCUAAAGAUGGACCUAAACCUAAGAGAAAAGGAGGUCCAGGGGGUCUAAACAAACUUUGCGGUGUUUCGCCUGAACUCCAGGUCAUUGUUGGCCAUCCAACUCUUCCAAGGACUGAGAUUGUGAAGCAACUAUGGGCUUACAUAAGAAAACACAAUCUCCAAGACCCUGGUAACAAGAGGAAAAUUAUUUGCAAUGAUGAGCUGCGGUUGGUUUUCGAGACAGACUGUACUGACAUGUUUAAGAUGAACAAGUUGCUGGCCAAACAUAUCAUUGCACUCGAACCUUCAAAACAGCCAGUCCCCAAGAAGGCCAAGGUUGCGGCAGACUCCGGAACAAAGAGUUCUCUGUCAGGCCCCCCUUUAAUAAUAUCUGAAGCGCUUGCAAAGUUUUUUGGUGUUGGUAUGAGGGAGAUGCUCCAAACUGAGGUUUUGCAACGAAUAUGGGAAUAUAUAAAGGUCAACCGUCUGGAGGAUCCUUUAAAUCCAAUGGCUAUUCUAUGUGAUGCAAAGCUUCAAGAUCUCUUCGGUUGUGAAAGCAUCUCUGCAUUGGGAAUACCCGAAGUGUUGGCACGGAAUCACAUAUUCAGGAGAUCAUGAUAGUUCUAGGUCUACGAUGUGGUAACUUAUGUGCCAAUGUUGGAGAAACUAAGAUAGUUCUUGAUGUCAUGUACCCUCUUUGAGCUUGUAUGUACGUCAGAUUCUUAGCUGUUGUGUGUAAAGUAAUGGACAAUGAUAUUGCACUAUGACUUCAUGGUGGUUCUUAUUUCGAAAUGGCCCCAUGAUUGUUAUGACUUGGCCUGUUAGGGUAGAAUGAGCUGCUAAAGCUCAUGGAGUUUCUAACAAAGCUGUGUAAUAUAGGAGCCGUAGAAAAUAAAAGCUAAUGUAAGAUGAC